GAGUGCAGCCACGGACCAAACUUCUAUUGGACCGCUGGCAAAUGUUCUUCAAAGAUCGUCUAUUUUUAUGAAGAAGCAUCACCCGAACACACCUUCAACAAUAGUCAACCCCAUGCAUUCGGUGCACGCAAUGUUGGAAUGUGGCGUUGAGUUGAAACAAUCCCUUGUGCGAUUGCUGUCCACCCCAUCGACCCGUCCCUUCAUGUCCUUUGCCCUAUCCAGUACCAUCAUCACUCUUUUGUUCUGCACGUCUGCGUUAACUCAACCAGUCACUAUGUGACUGAUAGCCCAUCGCAGCGUAUUUAGCGGGGAAAUUGUCCAAAGAUCCAAAUUACCCCUCUGGGCCUGCCCAAGCACGUCUAAACGUCCACCAUGACCUCCUCCAGUCCUUCAAGCUGUGCAGUCAUCCCUUCUACCUGUCCCCCGCAGGCUUGGUUUCAAGACGGCGCCCACCCAGCGCACACAUGACAUCACAGCCCGACCUUUAAAUUUCUCCAAGUGUGAGACCUCUUUACUUCCCGCGAUCGUCUCUACUCUCAGACUGACCGAAACGCGUGUCCAGCGCGCCUGUCAAUCAAAACGCUAGCUCGCUUUCCAAUUGGCUGUUUCCGGGGCAGUCCCGUCCUCUGGCACCGUCCCCUCCCCUCCAGUCGCUUAAAACACGCCGUGAAAACGCCGAGACAGCCACAAGCAACUCGCAAGUACACGUAGGAGAAGGAUUACGAUAUUGGCGAUUGAGCUCCUUAUCGCGACGAGGACGAGCAGCGCGGACGCGAUGAAGAGGAGCAGCUUGUCAGACAGCGAGCUGGAUGAAGCCAUCGAGGUGGAGAAGGACAGCGCGGAUGAGAGCGGGAAUAUUCGCUCUCCUCUGAGCUUGACGUCACCAAGCGCUUCCAUUCAGGUGCAGGCGAGGAAGAGGCGGCGAGGGAUCAUCGAGAAACGUCGGCGAGACAGAAUCAACAACAGCCUGAGUGAACUGCGGCGGCUAGUGCCGAGCGCCUUCGAGAAGCAGGGUUCUGCCAAAUUGGAGAAAGCAGAGAUUUUACAGAUGACCGUCGACCAUCUGAAGAUGCUCCAUGCGGCCAGUGGCAAAGGCUUUUUCGACGCCCACGCCCUAGCAAUGGAUUACCGUGGUCUGGGUUUCCGGGAGUGCCUGGCGGAGACGGCACGCUACCUCAGCGUCAUGGAAGGUCUGGACAACGCUGACCCCCUGAGGAUCCGGCUGAUGUCACACCUGAACAACUAUGCCAGCCAGCGCGAGGCCCACUCGGGACUGGGCCACCUGGCGGCGUGGGGUUCCGCCUUCGCCUCACCGGCCGCCCACAUGUCCCACCCCCUGCUCGUGGCCGGGUUGCCCCGCUGCGGAAGUAGCAGCCCCCGCUCGCCGUCCUCUUCUGCUUCGUCAUCGCCAUCUGCUGAGACUCAUCCCAGCGGCAGGCGUAGCGGGACUGCGACCCCUCAUUCAGAACAGUUGCCACCCAGUGUGCGAAGGACCCCCGCCGGGACCGUCUUGCACCCCGCUUUGGUGUCCUCAUCAACAACCAAGCAUCUCCUCUCGGCGUUCCCCUUCCCCUUCGGAGCAUUCCCGCUCAUUUCCCCCACUACGGCUGCCACUCUCAGCCCGCCGACCCCAACGGUUCCCCCCGUGGGCAAACCUUACAGACCUUGGGGGAUGGAGAUUGGAGCUUUUUGACUGCCCAAAAAAGACUCGUGAUGAGCCGGACUCGUCCAAGGUUUCUCUCAAUUGUUUUCUAUUCCCCCCCAUCGAGCCACGCCUGUCCCUUCAAUUCGUUCUCCAUCCCCCGUUUUUGCCAUCCUCUUCCAGUUCCAGCCUAUCUGUCCCCCAUUGCCUCUUGCCUCCAUAUUUUUUGCAACUCAUUAUCAGUAACCUUUAUUUGUCAUGGAUUUUCUUUCCUCCCCGCAUCCCUUCUGGUCUCCUCAAGUCUUCAACAUCCAUCUGUUUACUCAACCCGUCUAGCCGUCACCCACCCUCUCCAAGUAUCAUCCGUUCACUUUACCCAUGCCGAUCCCCAUCUAGCCACCAUCUUUCCCCUCAUUUCCACCCGUCUAGCGGUCUCGCUAUGUUGUUUCUCAAUGCCAAAGACCCUCUCGUUGAUUCUAUUGUCACCUAGAAGGGGUGCACAGGGAGAGGUGUGCAACAAGAGGGAUUUACUGUAUUGAUUGUCUGUGCCUUCCCACCCAAAAUCUUUCCCUCAGUCAUUUAGCAGUCGGGAACAAUUUUUCCAGAGGGUCAAGCGAUCGUCUGUCAAGUUCCCAUGCAAAACAAUGCGUAAACCACCCAUGCACCCCUUUGCACACAAGCCCUUUGUUUGGACCUGAAACAGCCUAGUAUUGGUGAGGGGCGAGGGUGGACCCCGCGUCUUUUUUGAGAGCAGUUAAUGGCAUGGAAUAAGCCCAACCAGGUGUUUUGUUUGACACAAGCAACAGAUGCAGAUCGCACCCCCUUUCCUUCCGACACUGCAUUCAGAUCUGUUGCCGCUGCUCUUCGUUCCUGUUCCCUGGCAAGGGUUGCAGUCGGUUUUCAUUCUUGUUCCCCGGCAAGGCAAUCCUUUGGCUGCCUGUUUUUUGGGGUCCACAUCGCACCGUGACAAUAGGUGUGUUCGCAUCGCCGUUUUUGAAGUAUUUCUUAUUGCUCAUGACAACCACCGUAAAUAAAAAAGCUCUGAAUUCUC